CGCUGGGGCACUUGGGUGUUUGGGGCGGGUCCGAGGCCGGAAAUGCGUGGGCUGCCGGGCUGGCCCAGCUUAGGGUUUUCAGGAAAUUUGGAAGUUGUGGCGGUAGUUGUAUUGUAAGGACUCUUGUGACAGUCUUCGGGUGCCCUCCGAGAGAAAAGGGGAGGUAAGCGGGGUAAAAGUAUCUCUAUGGGCCGGAUCAGGUUUGGUGUUUGCGGAUUACCCUAAUAGGGCAAGCUUCCUACUCCUUUACGCAAACAGCUUCUGCCCUCUGUCCUCUGAAUUCCUGCCACUCCCAUCUUAGGCUUUUUUGGGGGUGGGAAGGCAGGAAUCGGAAUGACUAGCUCCGUGGCCUGCGAAGUGGGCAAGAGGCAGUGCCGUUUCUUCGGACCCAGACUGUGAACUGAUUUAUGACGCUGAACUUGAGUUUGAGUUUGUCUCGGAAGCCAUGUUGCAAGAUCCUGGAGAAGUUCUCCCAUUCUCCGAAGAAGAGAAUAAGGUCCUUUGGAGGAACUGCUUCCUGUAGGGCAAGAACUGGAAAAUGCAAGCACCCUGAACUUUUUUGGAUGCCACUGGAGUCAUCUUCCUCUUCAAUGCCACUAUCCUGCCCGUCUCUCUUACCCUCAAUACCACACAACACUAACCCUUCCCCUCCUCCAAUGUCUUACAUCACCUCCCAAGAGAUGAAGUGUAUUCUUCACUGGUUUGCCAACUGGUCAUGUCCCCAGCGUGAACGUUUCCUAGAGGACCUGGUAGCUAAGGCAGUGCCAGGAAAAUUACAGCCACUGCUGAAUAGUCUGGAGCAGCUUAGUAUGUCUGGGGCAAACCGACCACCUUCUAUCUUUGAGUGCCAGCUACAUCUUUGGGAUCAGUGGUUUCGAGGCUGGGCUGAGCAGGAGCGCAAUGAAUUUGUCAGACAGCUGGAGUUCAGUGAGCCAGACUUUGUGGCAAAAUUUUACCAAGCAGUGGCUGCUACAGCUGGUAAGGACUGAUAGGCAUUCAGACCAAAGAAGAUAACCAUAGCUGAGCCAAGACUCUAUGUAUAUGUCACAAGGCCAUGACUCUGCAAUGAGAACUCAAUUCAAAUGUGUCACCUAAAGGACUGGAACUGGUAUUCCAACCAACUGACUGAACUCAUUGACCAGUACAGGCAUAGUUAUUUCAACACUAAUAGCAUGUCAAGUGGACUCCAACUUGUAAAUGUUAUCAAUCUAGGCAAUCAAGCUCAUCGGUCUACUAGUUUGCUUCUUUUUAAGAGACGUCAAAUCUUCAAGAAUUUGAUGGCUUCUUCUGUAGCUCUAAACAAAAGGAACCUACACAUUGUAACUCAAGCCCACUGCUGGUUUAUGAAGUGUGUAAAAUAGAACCCUCCUUCCCCAGAAAUAGGACAAUAAAAGGUGAUAUUUUUUUACACUUUAACUGGAUUCUAUUGUCUGGUUUUACCGCUCUUACCAAAUUCUAGUGUAAUUGUGUGGUAUCCAAACCAUUAGCUUUCCCAGUGAUGAUUUAAUAAAAUUAUGAAAAAUCA